AUGGCCCUCUACUGCGGCGACAACUUUGGCGUGUACUCGCAGCCCGCCGCCGCCACCACCGGCGCGUCCGCGGUCCCCCGGGCGCCCUACAGACUGACGGACUACUCGGCGCCGCCGACGGCCGCCGCCAACCCCUACCUGUGGCUCAACGGGCCCAGCGUGAGCGCCCCGACCUCCUCCGCCGCUGCUGCCGCCGCCGCCGCCGCUGCCGCCUACUUGGGAGCCCCGCCACCGCCGCCACCCCCCGGGGCCGCGGCCGGACCCUUCUUACAGCCUUCCGCCGCGCCCGGGACCUUCGGCUGCGCGCAGCGGCCCUUCGCGCAGCCCGCGCCCGCCGCGCCCGCCUCGCCCGCGGGGCCCGCAGCUCCUGGUGAGCUGGGCUGGCUGUCCAUGGCCAGCCGCGAGGACCUGAUGAAGAUGGUGCGGCCGCCCUACUCGUACUCGGCGCUCAUCGCCAUGGCCAUCCAGAACGCGCCCGAGCGCAAACUCACGCUCAGCCACAUCUACCAGUUCGUAGCCGACAGCUUCCCCUUCUACCAGCGCAGCAAGGCCGGCUGGCAGAACUCCAUCCGCCACAACCUGUCGCUCAACGAUUGCUUCAAGAAGGUGCCCCGCGACGAGGAUGAUCCAGGAAAAGGUAAUUACUGGACUCUGGAUCCCAACUGUGAGAAAAUGUUUGACAAUGGGAACUUCCGUAGGAAGCGCAAGCGCCGCACAGAGGCCAACAACAGCUCCACAGUGGCUGCCAGGACACCAAAAUCGGAAGAAGGGCUGACCUCAGGACUGGGAGCUGGGGUUGGGGGAAAGCCUGAGGGAGACAGUCCCUCCUCUCUGCUGAAUCCUUCACAGUCCCCGGAGCCACCUGAAGGCACCAAGAGCACUGCCUCAUCCCCAGGAGCCUCUGCGCUCACCUCCACCCCGUGCCUCAGCACCUUCUUUAGUAACCUCAGCACCUUGAGCAGUAAUGGUGGCAAUGGCAGCAGCAGUGGGAACAGCCAGCGUGUCCCAUCCAGCAGCCGCCACCCCGGGAUCCAAGGGGCCCCACUGCCCUCCAACAACACAUACCCCACUACCAGCCUUCCCGAGGCUAACACAGAUACUUUGCAGCUAAGCAAUGGCCUCAGCCCUGGCAGUGGCCAGAGAUCUUCCUACUAUAGCCCUUUCCCUGCCAGCACCAGCGGAGGCCAAAGCAACCCCUUCAGCAGCCCCUUCUACAACUUCAGCAUGGUCAACAGCCUCAUCUACUCCCGGGAAGGCUCUGAGGUGUAGGCCAUGUGUCCAGACUUUGCAGUGCACAGUU